AUAUAUCUGCACUUAAUCUUCUUCUGGCAGGCAGAAUGGAUUUGUUGUCCUCCAUCCUGUCCACCCUCUCUCUUCCUCAUAUCUCCGCCCCGGCCCCUGACCCUUCUAUCUCUCCAUCUUCCCCCUCUCCUUCUCACUCUCAGCAUUCUGAAGCUCUGUGUGGCAGCUGCCCGUCCUCUGGUUCUGCCCCACAGGCUAACAGCAUUUGGCCUAGCCUGCCCCAGCCUGGAGCUGGUUUCCCUGCAUGGCCAGGACAACCGGGACAGUCCACCCAGCCUGCACCGUGCUGGACUGGCCAGCCAAACACACCCUGCUGGCCUGGGAUAACACCAGCUCCGGGAUCUGCCCCCCAAGCCAUGACACCAGCCCCUGCACCUAGCACAAACGUAGUCCAAGCUCCAGCUCAAGUUCCAGCUCCGGCUGCGGGGCAGCCCUGCCAGCCCUGCUGGCCAGGCCCCCAGUAUCAACCCUACCAGUAUCAGCCUCCUCAGUACCAGCCUCCGCAGUAUCAGCCUCCCCAGCAACCAGCUCCAGUUCAAGUCCCUGCUCAAAUUCCAGCUCCAACUCCAGUACCAGUCCCAGCACCGGCUCCUGCUACCAGCAUCCGCCCAAAUGUACCAGGAUGGCCUGCCCACCCUGGCUGGCCCUAUAACCCAGGACAAUCCGGAUGGCCGGGACAGAGUCCAUCUGUCCUGCCUCCACACUGGCUUCCACCCACAUCUGGACCUCUUAGUGUGCCAUACAACUUGAACCUGGCCCGAGGGAUCUAUGACAAGAUGAUGAUGACCAUCUUGGGUAAUGUCAAACCCAAUGCAAAAAUGUUCACCGUGAACUUUCUGAGAGGCAACGACAUCGCCUUUCACAUCAACCCCCGCUUCAGUGAGGGGGGCAAACAGGCGCUGGUCCGUAACCACAAAGUGGCUGAGCGCUGGGGACCAGAGGAGAGGGACCUGAAGGGACCCUUCCCCUUCGCUCAAGGGAGCCCGUUUGAGGCUAACGUUUGGAAAAGAUGGAAAGGGUUGGAAAGUCGUUUGUGCAAGCGGGUCCUAGAUAAGGGAACUGGUGCACUGCAGGAAGACUCCUGGAGAUGAAGAUCCUGUGUACUCCGGAGACGUUCAGGGUGGCCGUGAACAACAUGCCACUGUUUGAGUUCCGACACCGAAUCAGAGAGCUCAACCAGAUCGACAGAGUCAACAUCCUGCAUGACGUGGUCCUCACCUACGUCAACGUGGAGACACUUCCAUAGAAAGCACACUAUUACUCACGCAGGACAUUAAUCCACACGUCGAGGACACAGACGUGUGCGAGUGUGUUGUAAAUGCACAUGAUGCACACAAAGACAUAUACAAAUGUAUCAGGAAGCUUCAAGACUAAACAAAUGUGUUAGUAAGGGAUGUCAUAUUAAUUAUGGCAUCUAUUCGCUACUUCCUCUACUACACAGCUAAGAUUUAAUACAUAUACACACAUUCCUAUUCUAUAUGUACAGUAGAUGCUUAUGUAUCUGUUGUGUACAAUAGUUUCUGUAUUAUUAAGUUGCCACUAACUGAGAAUUAUUCUUGUGUUAAUAUUGCCAUAAAAAACAACACGGUCUAUUAGAUAUCCAUUAGGGUUCUGUUAACUGUACUAAUUCUUCAAUAAAAUUAUCAGUCAAAAAUCUG